AUGAUACGAUCAGUGAAUCACACUGCAUUACUUCAAUACGUAAUCACAAGGUUUUCUGUUGUUUCAUUGAUAACUUUUCGUUCGUUGCUGUUUUUAUUUAUCGCAUUGCCCUUCGUAAAACAUCCAUUCAUAACAACUGGUAUGAUGAAUCCAAAUUUUCAUUCGACCGAUGUUUAUUAUUUACCCAACGAUCAGUUUCAUCAAAUGCAAUCCGAAAUCAACGAUGUUACAGAUAUAAUGAGACAAAAUAUACGAUUAGGAAUAGAACGUGGCGCAAAUCUAGAUGAUCUUGAAAUUAAAGCAGAGGAUUUAAAUAACUACUCUCAACAAUUCGCUUAUGGUGCACACGAAGUUCAUAAUAAAUAUUGGUGGAAAAAUGUUAAAAUGUGGAUUCUUAUAAUUAUUAUUGUUGUGAUAAUCCUUACGCUCAUAAUUGUUCUUUCUGUUCUUGCCGCAAAGAAUAAAAUCUAA